GCGGAUCUCUAUGUCACUCAAUUACACGUGGGCCCCUCGGCCAUCGUGGUGGCACCGGGUCCCGAUGACGUCCUCUCCUGGGCUCCCGAGGGCUGCAUUGCGAUGCACAUCCUCUCCGUGUUGAUGGGGCUCCGGUUCCCCCUACACCCCUUCCUCCGGGAGUACCUCCGGUUCGUGGGUUUGGUCCUCUGCCAACUGACCCCGAACAGCCACUCCUACAUCACGGGCUUCCUCCAGCUCUGCAAAUCCCGGGGGGUAACACCUAGCCUGGAUUUGUUCUUCCAAAGUUUCAACCUGUGCCGGGGGGGACAUGCGAAUGCCGAGGGCUUCGCAAAUUUGCAGCAGGUGGCCCUGUUCAAGCUUUUUACUAAGGCGCCCUCCUCGAACAAAGGGUGGAAAGACCGGUGGUGCUACGUGAAGUUGUCCGAGAGCCCCUUCCCGAGGGAAUUGCGUGUCCAGUUUAGGAGGCAUGAGAAGAGGAGGAGCGCCGCCCUCGAGAAAGAUGGCAGGAUCCUGGCAAAGAUCCCGGAGGGCCGGGACAAAAACAUAGCCAUCAAGGAGUGCACCCAAGAGGAGGACCUCUACACCCUCGGGUUCCGGCGGUAUCCCUUCCUGGGGGAAACAGAUGAAAAGUUCCCGGCAUUUGAGGGAGCCUCCGGAGGUAUCCCAGUCAAUAUGAUGAACGUCCGAGGGCUUGCUGACCUUAAGAAGAAGAAGUCUUCCAAGGUCCCGAAGGGGACGGAUGCCGGCAUCCCUAAACCCGUCGGUGACUUCUUUAAGAAGCCGGAGGGGCCGUCGGCGGCCCCAAAUGCUGGUGCUGCCGCUGCCGCGAAGAGAAAAGCAGCGGCCAAGGCUCCCGAGGGCAAAAGGCCAAAGACGGGAGAUGCCGGGAGGAAGGGUCCCCCGUGGUUAUUGUUGAUGAUUGCCCUGCCUCCGGGACGCAUGAUGAGGAGAUGACGGUGGCGGAAGUACCGGGGGGUGUCCGGGAGCCAUCUUCCGAGGUCCUGACGGUUUCCCACCCGGUAGGAACGGCCGUGAUGAAUUGCACGGCUGACCCGAGGGUGCUUCUGAGGGGUAUGACCCCUGAGAUUGACAGAGCCGCCCUCGGGGCUGAUGAUGACCAAGCCCUCGAGGACAAGAUCCUCCGGUCUUCCCUCACGGUAAGUUUUUGACCGUUUACCGUUUUUACUUUGUGCUAGGCCCGGAGGCUAGAGGAGUGGCGUCUGCGCAAGGCCGAGCACGAUGCCAAGAUGCGGGAGCUCAUCCGCCAGAAUUCCGAUGCCAUCCGGUAGAUGGCUAUGCUGGAGGAGAGCCUUCGGCAGAUGACCCUGCGGGCGGAGGCCGCAGACCGGAGCAAGGCCGAGGCUGAGAGGUCCGCAGCUGAGGCCCUUAAGAGAGCUGCUAGGGAGGCCGAGGCCGCCAAGGCGGACGCCGUCGAGAAAGCCCGGGGGGACGCCAUCUCUGAUUUUUUGGCAGGGGGUGGCGAGCAGAGGGGCACAAACAAUGGUUGUCCGCGGUCGUGGAGUCCUCGGUCGACAAGUGGUGCGAUGGGCCCGAUGUGGAGUGGGUUUCUCGAAAGGGUAAACAGUACUAUGAUGGGGGUGAGUUUUUUACUCAAGCCCUCAUCUACCGGAGGAUGGCCCGCCACCUGAAGAUUGAGCAAAAGGAUUUUGACCCGGCAGCGUACGGACUUCCCCCCUGCAGCCAGAUGUCCGUGUUCCUCUCCCAUCAGAUGUCGAGAGGCCAGACUUGGAAGACACCGAGCUGAUGAAGGAGGCCGAGGGUGACGAACCUGAGGCCGGCGCGGAGGUCACUUCAAAGCCUUCGGAAGAGACGGCCCCCGGGGAUGUUAAUGUGUAAUUUUUUAUUUAUAACAUUCUGAACAAUCCGUCUGUAAUGAAUGGUUGUAUGCCCUCGGCCUUCGGCC